UCCACCCACAUGAAUACCAUGUUUCAUAAUCGAGACUAUGUGUCAGCAAAGGUGAUUUUGCCUCAGAGGGAACAGGAGAUUGAUCUACAAGGCCAACACGAUCGCCCUGACGAAUAUGCGCUCUUCAGUAUGAGUGGAGCACCCCAAGCACCUGACCCACAACACAGAGCUGCAGAUGUUCGAAACCAAGAAGAAGAUUACAUAGACAAUGAGUACCUGGACGAUGAUGUUGAAGAUGGUGGUGGGGAAGAGGUGAACGACGUAGAUAUGAGACAGGAAGGUGUAGCUCAGGUGAUCCCUGGGGUUCCAGAGCCACCACAGUAUCAGGACAUCGAGAGAGCCAGGGAGGGAGUGGUCGUGGAUCUGGGAGAUGCGCAGGUGCAGCUCGUCGCUGGGGAGAAUAAUGUCGCACGAGUCCAGCAGGAAAAUCCUCCUGGGGAGGAUCUAGUUGCCAAUGAGCUCAUUCGAGAACCAAUGGAUGUUGGGGCAAAUGUGCGUGCGCCUGGGGUAAUCCGUGGGGUUGUAGGGGCACCCCAGGAUCAGGACAUUGAGAGAGCCAGGGAGGGAGAGGUCGUGGAUCUGGGAGAUGCGCAGGUGCAGCUCGUCGCUGGGGAGAAUAAUCUCGCACUAGUCCAGCAGGACAAUCCUCCUGGGGAGGAAGUAGAUGCCAAUGAGCUCGUUCGAGAACCAAUGAAUAUUAGGGAGAAUGCCGGUGCGCCUGGGGUAAUCCCUGGGGGUCUAGGGCCUCAGGAUCAGGGAAUUGAGAGGGCCGGAGAGGCAGAGCAACCGAUCGCUGCAGGGAAUGACAGAGCAGUGAGGAGACCUCGGUCGAGAUGCGUAAGGUGUGACGUGAACGCGGUACAGAACGUCGGAGUUGAGUGCUGUUGCCUCAAUUACUGUAUGCAAUGUGCAACCGAAGUUUGCACUGAAGCUGGACACAAUAUAGACGACCGGGACGACCCCCUCCACAUUCCUUGCCCUCUUUGUUCUGAGGCCAUGGAGUUUAUCCAGAGGGUAUUCACCCUCAACGGAGAAAACGAUGAAUACAAUUGGAUCUGCCACACGUGCCUGACUGAGACGGUUGAAAUGUUGGCAAGGCCAUGUAACCAUCUGGUUCUUUGCGUCCCCUGUGCGGUACGAUGGCAAGAAGAGGCAAGAGGCCCAGACAGAUGCUCUUACUGCAACGAUGAGUGUACCUACCAGAACAUCAACGUCAGAGACGAUGACCCUCUGCAUCCCCCUCAGUAACUCCUUCACAAUUCUUAUCCCCUUCAAGUAAUUUUUUUUUCGAAAAACAAUACAAAAAAAUUCGUAACGUAAAUCUUUUCGAAUUUAACGAAAACCGACGAGUUCAUUACGGUCUACCAUUUAUAUGAUAAUUUAUUUUCAUAAUUUUCAAUGAAUGAAAAUUCAAAUAUUUUCAGUCUCUUGUCCACAUGGGUAAGUAGAAUCAUCUUUUCUUCCAUAAAUAAAGUUCCUUGCAGUCACAUCAGCCUUAACAGUUGUGUUAAGUUUCUAGGAUUAAAAAUUUCUCCUCCAGUUCUUCACAAUGGACAAUUUCAAGAGUUGCAUGAGCUAGUGUGGUAGUAAAACAAGACAAUUCAAUUCAUAUUUUUGAAUAGCCUGGCAAAAUUGA